ACAAAUCAUAGCAAAUGCAUAUAGUCUUAGCCGUCUACAAUUAAUAAGCCACCUUCUCCAGAAAAAUAAAAUGUCAUCCUCAUCAUCGUCUCAAGAACAAGAUCACCACCACCUCUACCACUACACUCCCACCGCAGCUCCACCACCAACCCCAUCAUCUCACUCUAACCCUAACUCCACGUCAGCACCAAAUAUCGACACUCUCUCCCAGCUUCUCCACCGUCUCCCUUCCUCUCUCUCCCUCUCUCUCCCCAAACGCCGCCCUUCCCCACUCUCGACAACCAUCUCUCCCACCAUCUCUCUCGCUGACCCCUCUCUCGACUUUUCUCGCGCUUUCGAACUGGGGUUUUUUCAGCUAACUGGCCAUAACAUACCUUCGCCGCUCGCUAACCUAGCUCACUCCGACUCUCUCUCGCUCUUUCAUCUCUCUCGGGAAGAAAAACUACGCCACUUUCCGCAGAACUGGCCAUUAGGCCACAACGACGACGACGAUGACGACGAAGAUGCUGACAAGGAGUCCGAGACGUUCUGUUUCGACUCGUCUUGUUACGGUGAGUUAGACGAGUUGAAACUGACGUCGCUACGUGAAUUUACUCAAGAAAUGGAGAAAGUUGGGUUGGAAAUAAUAGAGAGUCUGUCAGGUGCUGUCGGGUUUGAGAACCCGGCCCGGGAUGACCCGACCCGGAUUUGUUCGCUUAUGUGGGUUUCGGAAGAGUUGCCGGGUAAUCAACAGGUUAUGUCGGGUAAAAUGUACCCGUAUGUUAUCGGGUUGCAGUAUCAGUUGAGGGCAAAGAAAAGUACGAUGUUGUCGGAUUCGGGUUGGGUUUCGGUUCCGACCCAGGUCGAGUCAGUGUUGGUUACAUUGGGAGACAUUGCUCAGGUGUGGAGCAACGGAAAGUUAAAGAAAGUAAGAGGAAGACCAAUUCCAAGUUCGGAAAAUGGCAACAACUCUGCCAAGUGCAUAUCUAUGACUCUCUUGCUCACCCUUCCUCUGGACAGCACCGUUUCUACUCUCAUUCCCGGAUCAAUCGAGAGUGGAAAUGACGAAGGAGUUGGCGAUGGUAACGAAAAUUUACCUAAAAACAAGAGGUUGUUCAACUCAUUUUCGUUUGAGGACUACGCUUGGAGGAUGUACCAUGAGCAAAAUGUUGUAAAAGAUCCUCUUGAGAGAUACCGUGCCUGAGAGUUGUUUUACUGAAGUUUUGGCACAUUAAGAUGAAAACGGUUGUGAUUAUGUGGAGUUAAAAAGUUCACUAGGUUAUUUGCUUUUGAAUAUUGUUGCAUUUCAUAAUCAUACGCCUAUAGAAUUUUAUCUAAUGGCAGGAUAUCUUUUGUUAUGUCCUUUGAUGAACCGAAAGGAGAUUUUUGUGGAUUA